AUGGCACAAUCGACAAACGCAGUUGUGCCAAACUAUGGAAUCCUCGAACCCUCCGGUGAUAAAGUGAUCAUCUCAGUCUCUAUCCGAGGCGUUAAGCCAGCCCAGAAAUGGGCAUUCUUCGCGAAAGACCCAGCCGAAGCGGCCAACGGGGAUGUGCUCGUGGAUUUCAAAGAGCGCGAAUUCUGCUUCGAGUUUAUCGGAAAAAGUGACCUAUCGGGAAAGCGAUAUCGACUGCGAUUGUGUGACUUGCCUGGUGAGUUAAACACCGGACGAUGUCAGUGCAAAGUGCGUAAAGAUGCAGUUUUAAUUGUGUUGCGGAAGAAAGAUUCGAGCCGUUCAUGGCUCUCCGAACUGUCCGAUAUAAACCCGGCUGAUGAUUAG